ACCGAUUACGAUGCCGAUGAUCUUAUCCUUGCAUGAAUGACACUGCAUGCAUAUACUUGAAGAUACGUCCAAAGGUCACGUCCAAUUAUUAAGCCAAAGGCGACGUAUUCAUUCUCCGUCUCGAAGAUAGAAAUGAGUUCGAAGCCAUUUAUGACAUGCCACUUUCGGUGUCGUAAUAUAUCAGAGCCUCAACGGUAACUGGUUGGCCCAAUAUGUCCACCACAACCACAAUCACCAAAACAACCGAAGUCCCCUCGCCCGAGUCCGCUGACUUCACGACCAUCUCAUAUACAAAGAUCAAGCAAAGAGACGCAAAUGAGCUGUCCGCUCUCCGAAAAGCAUGUGAAAAGGACGGGUUCUUGUACCUGGAUCUCCAGAGUGCGAACGGAGAGCCCAUGCCUGUCACCCAGGAGGUACCAUCGGUAUACAAGGCUGUCAACCGAUUCUUCCAGCUGGAAGAAGAGGAGAAGAUGAAGCAUGAUGUUGAUGCAAUCGGCUCCUGGAAGCUCAAUGGUUAUACCCCUUUCGGGAGGAACGCAGGCCUUGCUGGCGAUGGGAAGAAGUAUGGCGUGGAGGGAUACACAUUUCCCCGAGAUGGUAUCUGCAACCCCGUCAAAGAUGAACAUCCUCUUUCUCUGCCAGCCAUUUUGCAAGAUGAAACCCCUCUCCUGGCCAGCGUCAUGGACCAGCUCCACGAGAUCGGUCUAGGCCUCCUAGGCGCCCUGGACCAGAUCAGUCACAACACAGGGCUCGACAGCAGCGCAUCACUUGCGCCAAAACACCGCCUCGCAGACCCUUCAACCUCGUGCAUGACCGUCCAGCGAUACCCCUCCCUCUCAACCGAAGGCUCCAACGCAGGCCUCAGCGCCCAUACCGACGUCGGCAGUCUCACUCUUCUUUUCUGCGACGCCCGCGGCCUGCAGACAUUCAACCAGGACACGCAGGAGUGGCGCUCCGUCGAGCCGCGACACGGCUGCGCGGUCGUCAACGUUGGUGACUCCCUCCGUUUCUUGUCGGGGAGGAGAUUCCGGUCUGUAGUGCACCGUGUCGCGCCGUACCCGGGGGAGACGAUUGAGAAUAGGUUCUCGUGCGCGUACUUUGUGAGGCCAAGAAUGGAUGUUGAGUUCGAGGACGAGAAGGGUGACCGGUGGAAGAGCAUUGACUGGCAUAUGAGGAAGUACAAGAGUUACCGCGAGGCAGGCAAGACGGCUUAAACUCGAUGCAUACGAUGUAAAAUGAGUUUGGGCCUAGUCAUGAGCAGUUUACUCAUACUGACUUGGGCGUCUCCUCAUCUCCACGAAAGCCGCAUGUAUUCGUAGCUAUCGCCAGAUCUUACCAGUAAGAAGCAAAGCUCUAUGAGAUACGGAGAUCGCAAUACAU